GGUGACAAUGGAGUUUAUAAAUAUGACGUUUAGAAAAAGGCGUUUUAGUUCAUACGUGGCUGCAUGAUGUUAAUAAUAUGGACGUUGCUGCUCUCUAGUAUAUCAUGCUACGGCGUCACAGAAACACAGGAGGAACCCGACAACGUCACCACUCUCUACCCUAUCUCCAAUAACUCCAGCGACCAUGCCAACCAAACCGACUCUGUCAAGACAGCCACUUCCCUAGCUGAAACAUUAAACAAUGACAGCAACAAGACAGAGUCGAAGGAAGAGCCAGUGAUAGAAAAGCCAGGGAAUGACAGCAAAGAGUUCAAGCCAAGUGUCCACUUCCAGGACUUUUUUGAUGAAGAUGAUUUUGGAAUUGUUUCGCUGCCGACGAAGCCGACGGUGGACGGGUUUUCGCCGCUGAAGAAGCCGCCUUCUGCUUUUAUCGGCUCAAAUAAAGACGCCUUCAAAUCCACCAAGGUGAAACCGCCGCUGGAGAGGUUCCCCUACAAGUUCCAGGACGCCAUCUUGACGAGGGCCAAGCCAAGAUGGCGGCCGAACGAGCUGGAGUCGCGGCCCACAGUUCCCGUGCCCGCGCAGGUGCCAGCUGGCGGGCUGUACAAGAAACCUGAUGCGUUCAAGGACAAGCCGAGCAUCGAUGACGACGAGCAGUUCGGGCUGACGUUCCACGACGAGAAGGAAACCCUUGUUAAGAAACGUGCAAAUCCGUGGAAGAGUAUCCUGCAUCUCCUGACGGCGUUCAUCCCCGUGGGACUCAUCAUCUCCGCCCUCACUCCCAGCGUCGUCACCAUACACAGCACCGGCUCCGGCGGACCGGGACUCGGACCGGGACUCGGACCGGGGCACGGGCCGGGAAUCGGACCG